UUGUUUUUUGCAACGUUGAAUGAGAUGCAAGUGCGCCAUGUAGUAUUCCUUCUCGCGCUGCUCUUCGCCAAUGGCGACGCCGGUCCAGUGCAGCUGCGCGUGUUUUCCACAUUCAGCACUCUGACGGGCGAUUUCGGAGGCCUGGCAGAGGCGCAUCGCGUUUGCCAAGUCGAAGGCGAUCGCCUGAAUGCUCAGACCGACCAGCCGCGCGAAUGGAAGGCAAUCUUGGCGUCGUGCGAGGACGGCGUCGCCCGCAGGUGCUCUCCAGCCAGCAUGCCGAGCAGUCUGCAUGGCGUGCUGCAGUUUGUCAAUGUCCGCGGUGAGCUGCUCGGGAACUCGAGCGCCGAGUUGUUCGCUACGACUGGUUCUGGGCAAAUCGGCGGGACGCUGGGCGGCGUGCUUCACCCGCUUCUGCUGCCCAAUGGCGCCCUUCCACUGCCCGGUGAAGUCGACACUGCAUGGACUGGGUACAAUGCAGCGGGCAACGCCGAGCCAGCAGGGCACCAGUGCCUGCUUCAUGACACGUCAUCCCACGAAAAAUCGUGGCGCAAUGCGAAUUCGGACGCGACAGGCACCAUUGCGAGGAUUGUCGUUGCGGAAAAGCAAGAAGAGUUCUUGGCAAGCAAGUACGCAGCUGUGGCUGGCAACCACCUUGGUGGCGACGACGAUGAGCACGACUCGGACGUCGAAAUGAAGGAUUUCAGCGACGCGCUGGUGUCGCCGUUCGAGCUUGCAGUGUCGGGCGGCCAGCCCAUCGUCCCAUUGAGCCAAGAGCGAGGGCGAGAUGGAACCAUUGUGCAUUCAUGGUGGAUGGCCUUUGUUGCGCCUUGCAAUCAAUAUCACCGAUUGAUUUGCGUCGAACAACCAAUAUUCACAUCAACCCAGAACGGCCUUCCAGUCGCAAAGGGCUUGCCUGCCGCCCAGUAUGAUGGCCCGAGUCGUUUGCAAACGACUCCGCUGGCGGACACGUGUGUUCAGUCACGCUCUAGUGCAGGCAAUCAGGGAUACCUGACAGACAACUUUUUGUGCUGUGGGCAACGCGGAGUGAUUCACGCCGUGUCCGACCGCGUUCUCGUUUGCAGCUGGACAUCCAACGCUGGCAUCGAGUACACUUCGUCUGCCUUCGCUGCAGUCCAGAUGGUGCCCGAGAUGGACUGCUUCUGCGAGUGCACUGUCAUGUUCUGAUCGCUCGGCACCCAACCUCCUGGUGUCAACUUUUCAUGUACUUUGAACUAGCAACGUUUUUGUUUUUUGUUGCACCCCAGACAAAGAAGAGAAAAAUUGUAGUUUUAAGUUGUGUACAAAGCUGAAGCAAAGGAUUGGAAGAAACACCGACAAAUCGGGGAGGCUCACUGCAAA